AAAGAAGGGGGAAUAUAUUAUUUCAUUAUAUAUGUGUGUUUUAUUCUAGAAAAAAGAUGCAAGAUUAAUAUCAGAAGAUGUUUUCUCAAAAAGUCUUCCCGUGGAGACUUGGGCCACUUUGGGAGCUCCGGUUCUGGGCUCCUCGGGAAGCUUCCAUGGGAGUGGGGAGAAGGAAGUCCCAGCCCAUGUUAGGAAGUGUUCUCCCGGGGGCGCAGCUCCGGCCGCAGGAACUACACUCACCACACGCACUGCUGCUGCGAGGAGCGCCGCUCGCACUUUGGAUUAAGUCUCUGAAGCGGAUUGGAAUAAUAGAGAGGAGGGAGAAAAAAAAAAAAAAAAAAAAAAAAGAAGCUUUCAUCAUCAUGGCUCAAGCGAAAAUACAAGCGAAGAUGAACGAGAGUGUGUGUAGCAAGUUCAGCAGGACUCUGUCCAUGGCAGACCGCUCGGGCCGACUCCUGGAAAGUUUGGACCAGCUGGAAAUAAGGGUGGAGGCUUUACGCGAAGCAGCAUCUGCCAUGGAGCAGGAAAGGGAGUGCAUCCUGGAAAUGAUUCAGUCCGUACAGAGCAGUCAAGAAAUGCGUGACAUCUGCGCUGGAGAGAAGGAGGAGCUGACUCUGACCGCGGAGCGUCUGAUGGGCCGGACCCUGUCGGUGGAGAUCUCUGUGGGCACCAUCCGGAGCUCCCAGCAGGAGGAGGCCCUGCGCCGGGCCACCUCCAUGAUAGACGACAUAGUGAAGAAGCUGCUGGACGACAUGGAGGCCGGCCGGCAGCAGCUGCUGGCCCUGCACGCCGCCUGCGUGACCGAGGCGCCGGCCGUCCCCAUCGACCAGAAGUUUCAGGCCGUGGUGAUCAGCUGCGCUCUGGAGGACCAGAAGAAAAUCAAGCGGCGGCUGGAGACCUUGCUGAGGAACGUUGACAAUGCCGAGAAGAACAUCAAGAUUCUGGAUCACCAGAAACUCGACAACGGAAGCCAAUAACACGUGCCGCCUGAAAAAACCCAGUGUGUGUCUUUAAUACCACUAACCUCACGCACAGCCGUGGUGACUCUCUACACGUUAACUUCUUAAAACACAGCACCAAGAAUCACCUUUCCUUUUCCAUGGUGACGUGAAAAAAAAAGAGUAAAUACUCACAUCUUAUAGCAAAUGGAAAUACUAACUUUUACCUUCAGACUUUUGUCGUUUACCUGGUCCCACCUAAUACUGAUCAGAUGUUGUGAUGUCUACACUGUACAGGAUGCAUGCUCCCCCACCCCCUGUUCAGGCACAGAAAAGAUGUCAGGUCUGUGUGCAGCCCAGUGGAAACUCCUUUUCUGACUCUUUAAAUGUCUGAAAUUUGCCACUGAACAAUUGUCAAAAUACGCUCGGCACGUUUUUUUUUCUUCUACCAUAAAUAAGAGGGAAAAAAGAAACACUUUUCUUUUAUUCCAGUGGUUAAAGCCACAAUUUAUUUUCACCCAAGUUGACAAACAAUGAUUUCUGUGAUGGAGCUUCUGUUUCCAUUUCUUCACUUCAGUUUUUAAGACUAGCUGUUUUUAGGAUUUUGAAGGAUUUGCAUAUGCUACCUCUUUGUGUGAACGCACAUCACGUGAAGCUGUGGACUUUAGUUAAUGUUUUUGCAAAGAGUUUUAUGUGUUAAUAAAUAACUUGUAUAAAUCAUUCUAA